AUCACUUGUUUACAACAUGGCGUCUACUGUAGGUGAACCGUCUCUAAAUUUGGAAAAAGAUGUUGCAAGAGCAGUAGAAUUACUGGAACAGUUGCAAAAGACCGAAGUUGCGAGUCCCAAGUUAGCUGCCCUUCAAAAAGUACUACAAAGUGAUUUUCUCCACGCUGUUCGAGAGGUUUACGAGAAUGUUUACGAAACGGUAGACGUUCACGCUAGCCCGGAGGUUCGAGCAAAUGCUACAGCUAAAGCAACAGUUGCAGCGUUUGCUGCCUCUGAAGGACACGCUCAUCCAAGAGUUGUCGAAUUGCCGAAAACUGACGAAGGUUUAGGAUUUAAUGUAAUGGGAGGAAAGGAACAAAAUUCACCAAUUUAUAUAUCGAGAAUCAUUCCAAAUGGUAUUGCCGAUAAAAUAGGUGGAUUAAAAAGAGGCGAUCAACUAUUAUCCGUAAAUGGAGUUAGUGUUGAAGGCGAACCACACGAAAAAGCAGUCGAACUAUUGAAAGCUGCCUCUGGAACGGUUAAGUUAGUUGUCAGAUUUACACCAAGAGUUUUGGAUGAAAUGGAGGCUCGUUUUGAUAAGCAAAGAACUCAAAGAAGACGCCAACAACCUAGCUAAAUUAUCAUUUGAUUAAGGCGUUUAGUCCACUUUUUUAAGUAGUAUGUCUAUCUCAUAAAAUUUCCUUUAUUUUUAUUUAUAAUUCAACUUUUCUUCACCUUACAACAUUCAGGUUAACUUAGUUCUAGAAUAAUAGAAUAUUUUGAUUACAGUGCAACUUUGUUUUCAAUAUUUUGAACGAUUGAAUGACAAUUUCUCUAAUAUAAAUGCUAAAAAAGCGAUUUAUGGUGAUUUUAAGCUUGAUUAACCAACGAAAUAUAAGAUAAAAAAAGAUUCUUUUCAAAAUAGUUUGUUGUUGGUUCAUAUUUAUAAUUUUUUAAAAUAAAAAAGUGCACUGUUUCUUUGUCAUUUGUAUAAAAAAUUAUAGACAUAUUCAAUUAUUGGUAGCGUAUAAACAUCUUGAAUGGAAAGAACACGCAAUAAAUAUUAUUUUUUUUGUCAAUUUUUUUCUUUCUUUCUAACUAUUUCUUAUCGAUCUAUUGAACUUGUAAGAGGAGGA